CAGGAAGAAGAAAGAAGCAGAAGAAGAUCACUUUGUGGUGCUCACACAGAUGGCCCCGGGGGCCUGUGUAUCACUAGGGAUGUCUUACAAUUGGCACCCGUGGAUAAUAACUUUCCUUCUCUUAAUAUUCCUUGCACAGUGUAAGAUAAAUAUCAGGUUCAUAAACAAUCUCAUGCUAUUUGCUUGCCCUGCAGAUCCACUAUGGACACUGACCUGACUAAAGCUAUAAACCCAAAAAUGGAACCAGGGAUCUCCAACCAGUCGUUAUUUUUCUCCUACACUGAGUUUACUCUCUUGGGUUUUCCUGGAAUAUCUCGAGGGAGACCCCUUUUUGCAAUCCCAUUCUUCUUGGUGUACUUAGUUAUACUGAUCGCAAAUUCUUUAAUCAUCUGCCUGAUUUACACUGAGAAAACACUCCAUUCCCCCAUGUAUUUGCUCAUCUUUGUCCUUCUUGCCGUUAAUAUCACAUUGCCAAAAUUCCUCCUAGACUUGUUAUUUCAUCUCAACCAAGUUUCCCUGACCGGCUGUCUUCUACAGAUGUUUUUUAUUUACUUCAUGUCAGUAUGUGAGUCUGGUGCUAUGCUAUUAAUGUCCUUAGACAGAUACGUAGCAAUCUGUAGGCCACUGCAUUACCAUAACAUCAUCACAAAGAAGUUCCUGGUCUCAUUGACAUUUGUUGUAAUUAUUCGGAGCUUUGUCCUUGUUUGUCCAUUUGUCCUUUUAACCUCUAUGGUCCAGUUCUGCAGGUCGAACAUCAUCUUGAACUUUGCAUGUGAAAACAUGGCACUUCUCAGUCUUGGAUGUGGAGACACCACCAAACCACAGAUGGCUGGGUUGAUUGUGCGCAUCAUUGUUACUGCACUUGAUGGUAGUCUAUUUUUUGUUUCCUACUCAACCAUACUCUACACAGCCGUAAAAACUGUGGAUAAUAAAUCUCGACACAAAGCUCUCCACACCUGUGGGACACACUUGUUGGUGACAAUGCAGGUCUAUGUGAGUGGACUAGUUUCUUCCAUUGUGUACAGGAUGGAGUCCACUGUUUCAACAGAUGUUAAGAAUCUCUUUACUGCACUGUACCUAAUUAUGCAAGGUGCAUUAAAUCCCUUGAUAUAUGGACUGAGGGUUUCAAAGAUCAGAAAGGGCCUAGUUAAAUACUGGAGAAAAUAAAACAAAUUGCUCUCAUUAUGGAAUAGAAGCCAUUCCCAACCCCACCAAGUGACAGCAGUUAGAUUGGGACAUAAGUACCUUGUUUCUAAUGCAGGUUCUAUUAUCUGAUGUUGAAUAUUAAAACUCUUUGAGUGUUGAUGAUAUUUUGGAUGAGCAACUUCUGUAGCAUCCUUGGGCAUUUAUUCCUAAUCCAAGUUUUCCUGUACUGUGCCAGGCCACUAGCUACAAUGGGCCCUCAAUAUAUUAAUAAAAGGACAAUAUAUUACUAGCUGCUUUACCUUUGAUACUUAAUUAAAGUUUUAGGAGUUCUUCGUCCUAUUGUAGUUUAAUGUUUCAACUGCAAGUAUCUGAACCAUGUAGUAGUAAAAAUAUGAUGCAUCUUACUACACACCAUCUUUCAACGAUGGCUAUAAAAUGAUAGUACAUGAUAACACCACUUGGAAAUUAACUCAGUGUCCUCCAGCAGUUUUCUAAACUCUUGAGAUCCUGAUUUCAAUAGGCAAAGGUGCUUUAGUUUGGAAUACUGGAACCUAAAUAUUAUUAGGCCCUUAACCAAGGCUGCUAAUAUUGAUUAUUGCUACCACCAGUACAAACAAAUAAAAAAUAUUCUCUAAAGUCACUUUUUUAGAUUUAGAUGUGCUGGAAACUGUUCAGUGAGGUAUGGGACCACUUUAGUUGAAGGCGCUGCUUCAAAGUGGUUUUAUCACGGUCGGCACUAAAUCCAGAACCAAUGCUAAGCACCCUGUUCUCGGCUCUUGCUUCCGCCUUAUGCCACUUCUUACUUAUGCCACUAAAAUGUCCAUACAUAGUAACAAGUAACCAGAUUUGGAUUUGGAUUUGCUCAAGGGUGCACAUUUUGAGAGGGAAGGAGUAGUUGGAAACAUAAGGCUUAAUCAUGAGAACAAAGGAAUAGAAGAAAUGAGGAGAAUUAGAAAAGAUGAGAAUGUUUUUGGGUGAAAUUUACUUUGCAUUUGAAGAAGUUUGCAGGUUCUGGAGGCAUAUAGAAAAGUGAGUGAUUCCGUUAGUGAGAGAGGCAGAACCACAAAAAAUGGAUUUGUUGCUGUUUAUAAAUGUACCAUAGUAUAUCUUGCUUAAUCCGGGAGAAACCAGAGAUUAAGCAUAAAAAUGCAUAGUAGAGACAGUCAUUUUUUGCAUGAAAUUUCCUUUGCGGAUUGUGUAUAAAAGUGCAGGAAUCAUACAUGAAAUAGUUGAAAGAAUUGAUUUAUAGGUAGUAACAAGUGAAUCAGGAUCAGACAUGGAUUUGAGAGAGAUGAGCCUGAAGCUGAGAGUGUUAGUGCAGAUAGGUCAAUACUGUGCAUUUUCUGAAUCAGAACUUCUGGAUGAACAUUAGUUGAAGAAUUAGUGUGCUUGGAGAAUGUCAACAUCAUUAUGGAGGCUGUUGUCCACUGGUGGUGAUAAAAGAAGGAGGUUAAAUUAAGAAGCAAGUAGGCCAAGACUGAGAAGGGUCAUCAUUAUACAGUUGAAGUCACCCAAGAGUCACCCAAGAGUUGUCAGUACAAACAAAAAGGAUAAGCCGAAGUGAAUUUCGACAGUUGGCGGUCCAAAUAACAGUUAAAGUGUGAAGUGGAAAUGAAAAGAGAGGAGAAUACCUACUAUUCACCCAUGGCCAAUGAACAACCAGGGAGGGGUUUGAGAACAAGAGGCCUCCAUAAGAAAGAUCUGCCUCAAUAGCAUUCUUAUUAUGAGUGACUCAGGUUUUAAUUAGGACAAAGAGAUUAAGUGAACUAGAAUGGGUUAUUUAGACGGCACUAGAAAGGGGGAGAUGAGAAAAUUGUGACAAAACUGCUGGCACUAAGAUUGGAACAAAAAGCAAAAUUUGUAAUCUGGUAUCUUUAACUUCAUAAUUCAUAAGAAAAGUUGAAGUGCAGGACAAAUCCACAGCAGUAGUCUUAGAUAGACUGCAAAUAUUCUUUAUUGGGGGAAGUGAUGUCUAAGACUACUGCUGUGGAUUGUUCCUGGACUUCAACUUUUCUUCUGAUUGAUUCAAUUGGGGUAUUAACACAGGAUACCCUGUGGGAUAAUCAACAAGAAUUUUUUAAUGUUGAGCUGCAGCUCAUCUAUAUACAGUAUAUUCGAUAUGGCUUGGGCAAAUCUGAGGUUAGAGAGUUGUAUGGGACCGUUCUUGUCAAUUAUGUGGCCCCCACUUCCUUCCUGUUUUGGAAACUACUAAAUUCUCCAAUCCCCUCUACUGCACUGAGCUUGCAAUAAAACUCUUAUUCAGAUGGCACUGGACUCUCAGCAUAAGCCAAUUGCACAAACCUGUACUGGUGAAACUGGGAAGAAAAUGGUUUCCAUUCCACAAAUAAGGGUUCAGUUGGCAGUGAACCAAAUUAUUUCAACUUGUAGCAUUAUAGUAAACUGAGUGGCACCGUCUCUGUGAGCUCACUUUCAUAUAUAUAUUUGUGCUCCGGGUGAGAUCUUUCUCUCAGGUGUAAGCCCUCGCAACGGUGUGAAGGAAGGGUGUAGUGGAUCUGUAACAAAGUGCUAUGCACAAUAAUUGGAGUACACAGGAAUCAUCAAUCACAUAGAGCACAUAGGAUAGCAUAUACUCACAAGCACCAAUGAUCAGCUUAGUCCCUAUAGACAAGGGAACAUGUACAGCAGCACGGCACGGCAAAUUCACUUUACGCUCCCAGAACAUUGGGAAGUUGGUCAAUGUGUUAAGAUGCUGCACACGGCAAUAUUUACAGGGACGUUUUAGAAAUGCAGCACAUUGCAAUAUUCCCUAUAGAACAUCGACUGCACCGACACAGGUACUGAAUAUAAUUAAUUAUUAAUAUUAUUAUUAUUAUCAUUAACAUGUUUUUAUAAAGCUGUGCCAAUUUAUUGAAACUUUUCUGAUCCUUGGGGAUUGGCCAGUUCAAUGUUUCAUAAAUCAGCCCGCCAUCUCUCUCAGGUGUGAAUUGUCAACAAUUAAUUUACAACUAACAAUUAUUUAAAUAAUUAACAAUUCAGUAAAUAAACAAAAUAAGGAACCAACAAUCUUUUAGAGAAUACAGAAUUAAUCCGUGGCUGUUUAACCCGAAUGGUUCCCAUUAAAUUAAGAAAAAAAAAUUAUGAAUAGUGAUGAGCAAAUCUGCCCCAUUUCACGAA